AUGCAGACGAAGUUCAUUUCCAACUUCAGAGAUGAGUCGCCUGAUAGAGAGCAAGGAAAAUCGAAACGAUGCCACUCAGUGCAGCGUUUUGCUCAACACUUCAAUAUUGUUUGGUUGGAUCCAAACAUAAAAGAAUCUGAUGAAACCUCUCGAAAUUCACUUGCCCGAUUUCGAACCAUUGCCGAUGCAACUAACAUAUUUAAUGAUCCGGAUCAAUUUAUAGACUAUAUUACUCGACCUCGAUCCGAAAAGCUGUUUCUCGUUGUAUCGGAUACUUUUGCCCGAUCGAUUUUCCCUCGUAUUCAUAAAGUCGUUCAAGUCGAUUCGAUCUACGUAUUUGACAACAACCAGCCGAGUAAUGCUAGGUGGAACCAAGAGUGGAGCAAAGUGAAGGGCACUGCUACUCAGUUCGACACAUUAUGUAACUUACUCAAGCUCCGUAGUCGACAGUGUGAGGAUAAUUUUGCUUCAACCAGUGUGGUACCUUCUGCUAAUGUUACUGGUACUAGUUCAGAUGAACUAGACCCAUCAUUCAUGUACUCACAAAUACUCAAAGAGAUUCUUCUCGAUGUGGAUUAUAACAGCAAGGCAAAGAAUGAGUUCGUCAAGUUAUGUCGCGAGCAAUUCUCUGCAGAUAAAGACGAAUUAAAAGUUAUUGACGAAUUCGAACAAUACUAUCCAUAUCCGUCGCAUUCGAAGGAACUCGACCAAGAUCCGUCCCCCAUCUGGUGGUAUACUCGCGAUUGUUUUCUCUAUGUGAUGUUAAACAAGGCUCUGCGAACUCUGAAUAUUGAAAAAAUUAUCAAGAUGGGAUUCUUCAUACGAGAUAUCCAUCGACAAAUCGAAGAAAUUCAUUUAGAAUUACAGUUACGAGAACCAUUAGAAGUGUAUCGAGGACAAGGCAUGAUAGCUGAUGAAUUUGAAAAAUUGAAAAACAACAAAGGUGGUUUAUUGUCAUUCAAUAAUUUCUUGUCGACGAGUAUGGAUAGAGAUACCGCAAAGAGUUUCGCUUAUCUUGCUCAAAGUGAUCCCAGCAUGACAGCUAUUCUCUUUCAGAUGUCAGUUGAUCCUUCGGGUAUUUUCGCUGUGUUAGGAAAGGAUAUAAGCUUUUACGAUGAAAAGGAGGUACUACUUUCAAUGCAUACCGUCUUUCGAAUCUGUGCAAUGAGACCAAUAGAGGAUGGAAUAUGGGAAGUAGAGCUGAAAUUAACGUUGAAUGAUGAUGAGCAACUAAAAAUUCUGACUAAUCAAAUACGAAAGGAGAUCGGAGUUGGAACAGGAUGGGAUCGCUUAGGUACGUUGCUAGUGAAAAUGGGUGAGUUGAACAAAGCCGAAGAUAUCUAUAAGACAUUGCUCAGUUUGACACGAGAUGACGAUUGGAAAAUGUUGGCCCAUCUCAAUAAUCAACUUGGAUAUAUCAUGAAACAAAAGGGUGAUCUAUCAGCUGCAAUUGCAUUCUAUCAAAAAACACUUGAAAUUCAGCAAAAAUAUCUUGCACCCAAACACAUUGAUUUGGGAAUCACCUAUAGCAAUAUUGGUUCGGUACAUGACUCGCUAGGAGACUACACGACUGCACUUACAUUCUAUCGAAAAACACUUGAAAUCAAACUAAAAUCUCUCUCGUCUAAUGAUAUAUCAUUGGCGACAACUUACAACAAUAUCGGUUCUGUACAUGAUUCGAUGCAAGACUAUGCCACGGCACUUCACUUCUAUGAAAAGGCACUUGAAAUUCAAGAAAAAUCUCUUUCCUUGAAUCAUCCAUCACUUGCCACAACCUUUAGCAACAUCGGAAAGGUACAUCGAGAAAUGGAAGACUAUUCGACUGCACUUUCGUUCUAUCAUAAAGCAUGUGAAAUUUUUGAAAGAUCACUUCCUGCCAAUCAUCCAUCACGGGCUAUUAUCUAUAACAACAUUGGUCUCGUUCAUGAUUUUCUGGAAAACUACUCGAAAGCACUCACAUACUAUCAAAAGACACUUGAAAUCAAAGAAAAAUCGCUCUCUCCAAAUCAUUUAUCAUUUGCUACGACCUACAACAACAUUGCUUUCGUUCAUAAAUCUAUGGGACACUAUGGAACUGCACUCUCAUUUUAUAGGAAGGCACUUGAAAUAGCACAAUAUUCUUUGCCUCCAACUCAUCAAGAUAUUCAAGAUUUGAAAGAGCAGAUCUGUUUUGUUCAAAAAAGACUUUGA